AAUAUUUUUAUAAGAGACAAACAAACAAACAAAAAACAUCAAGAAUAUAUGAGUGCAAAAAUGUUACAACCAGCACAAACUUGUUUUUCCCUGUUACUGUAUUUCACACAGAUUAUAUUAAUAUCAGGACAAGUUGAUCCUGAUCUGUUACAAAAUGCGAACGAUUUUCUAUCUGCAGUAAUUGAAGAUGUUUAUUCUACGGUAAAUCAAGAAUCAAUGACGUUGAAACAAUGGAAUGAAAAUUUUCAGAAUGAAUUCGAUUACAUCAAUGAAUUGGAAAUAUUCCAAGACUUUUCGAAUAAUUAUGUUCUUUGUGAACAUCACCAAUCUAUAGAGAACUUAACUAAGUGUGUAGAAUGGGGUGACCAAUAUUCAAAUUAUCAAAAACGACAUGAGAUAAAAUGGGCGAUUUGUUUCCUGAACAGUUAUAAUCAGAUUCAAAUUUAUUAUGAUGCAAUAAAUGAAAAAAUGAACGGUAAACUGAAGUUGUUACAAGAUUUUGAUCAUUUACUGCCUCAGUGCCAAAAUAAUUAUUGUAUUCAUAAUAUUAUUGGUACAGUGGACCGAUUGCAAUUCAAUUUGUUGGAAGGUAUUUUUCGACGAGGCGAUGCGUAUAUUUCUAUGAUAGAACAUAUUUGGGAAGACACUAUGGCGUGUUACGAAACAGGAUUCCUUAAAUUACUUCAAGAUACAUGAUCAAAAAUAUCUAUUGUAUUAUAUAAUAAAAAAAUAAAGAAAUAAAAAAUCUUAAAUUUUA